CAAAAAUCAAAUAUAAUUAAAAGUUUGCGAUUUCUGGGACUACUGUGCGCUCACUCUAUCGCAUCGAGUUUUGCAUUAAUUUAUUGAUUCCCUUAUAUUUUGGUGAUUUUACAGCAAAGAAAGUGCGAAAAGUGUGUGCAUUCAGUGUGUGAGACAUCCAAACAGAAAAUACUUAUCGAUUGGACAACAAAUUCAAAAUAAUGUGUUGAAAAAAAGUGAGACCUUAUAAGUGUGUUAAAUAAGUAUUAAAUUAAUUAAUAUUGUCGAUGGAAAUGAACCCUUGAAAUGGACCACAUAUUCAAUACGAUAGCAACUAAGGUCGGGUGCCAUGAGAAUGCUCUCAGACUUAUAGUAUCGGCUCAUUUGGGGAUCGAUACAAUCCAUUCUGUGGUGAAUUGUCUAUUCGUGUACACAGUGUUGACACUAAUCGGACCGAAACGAUCUGCAGUGGCACUCAAUCUGACAUUUUGUAUGACAUAUCUCUUAUGGGGUUAUUAUGUGACACAAAUCGGGUCGGAAUACAGCUUCACGUGGACUAUACCUCAAUGUGUGCUAACUCUACGCCUAAUUGCCCUCACUUUCGAUGUCUAUGACGGACACCGAAAUGCAAGCAUAAAGUCAUCCAAUAGUUCUCCAAACAAUGCAAAGAAAGGCUCGCAAACAGUGGACAGACAGCUCAUCAACGAAGACACAGCGGUUGCAGAGAUUCCCACACUUCUAGAGUUGUUGUCUCACUCCUACUUUCCCGGAUCCGUCCUAAUCGGACCGCAAGUCAAAUAUAAAAACUAUUUGAAAUACAUUGAGUCAAACGAAAACUUUUUGCCAAAAUGGUAA